AUGGGCGAGUUGAUGGUCGAUCUGGUGUACACCACAAAAGGAGGCGUGCUCGUGAAUCACAAAUGCCGCCGAUUGACGUUCGACAAAGACAAGCACUGCCUAGUUUUCCGCUCACCGAGCGAUCUUGUUACAAAGUUCUGUGUCACGCAAUUUGUAUUGCGAAAAAUUAAAGUUCCGACGAUAGUGAGUGGGAAACAUGUGAUAUUGUCACUAGAACUGGAUCGUGACCAUCCGGAUAACCACGGGUGAGUCUACGGAUAACGAUUUUCGAUAAUGUUCGCUGCAGAUCUUCACAGCUGAAGGUGAAAUUCGAGCCUCCCCACGCGAACAUGGUUGAAUACGUGGCGAAGGAGUUCAGCGACAUGCUGGAAGCCAACAAAGACAGUAAGAAACGCCUUCUCCCCGUUUUUUCUAUAGCUCGUCUAUUGUAGAACUGAAAAAAAAGCCCAGGACGGAAAAGCCAAAAGAUGUUUGGCCUCCGAGCAGUCUUCUCCACGAAGAUCCGUUCGCGAGCAGAUCGGUUUUCAACAAGAAAUCGUGCCAGAAAGAAGGGGAACGGAGAAAGGUGUUGAAAGAGAAGCAGAGCGAUGUCUCCAGGAGACCGACGCCGGUGCCGCCGUUGUCCAGAGUAGCGACUCCUUCGACGACUAAAGCGCAGGUGCCAACUCCGACACUCAAGCGAAACGAGAGAAAUGAGACGUUCCGACGGGAGAACGUCAAGCCCAUGUACAGCCUCAUGAGCGAGACGGGACCGCUCAUCCCUUCGAUUGUAGUAACGAUGCCGUCAGCCGAACCGACACCCCUUCCGAGUCCUGAAACUGUUUCUCGGCCGAUUUCCAGACAGGAGGGCAGUGACACUUCCGUGAGAAGUGAGAAUCUGCUCAAACUGCCGAGCACGCAUCCGAAAAGAAACCCGAUUAAGGCUAGCACUCCGAGCACUCCGACUUACCAGAAAAAGCAGCCCGCUCCACUUCAGAAGCCGGCGAUGUCGAUGACGCCGCCGACACCGCGUAGACGCAAACUGAAUUCCAAAGAUGCAGGUUGUGUAGAAUACCCGGAAAAUCGAAAGUAUAGCUCUUGCUGUGAAUAAAGACCAUAAAUUUAUAAAUUACAGGUUGGCAAACCCGUCCAACUCGUGCUAUUUCAACGCGACGAUGCAGGCGUUAUCCGUUUGCAUUCCAUUUCUUGUCAGAUCAAACUGCCUGCUACGCCGCUUUGAACACCAAGAGUAUAAAGAUACCUGGGUCAACCUUCUGAGACGUAUCGAAUGGAGAAAAGAGGGAGACAAGGACAGAUAUACAUCUGUGCUCCAACAGUUUCUGCUGUUGAUGAACACACUCGGAGCACGCGAGUACGCUCCGUUUGGAAAUGGAAUUUAUUUGCCGGCACCUUUCAAGGAAGAAGUGAGUUCAGGAAUCUCGUGAAAGCUGCAACCGCUACCAUUUUCAGGAACUUAGAGCACUUCGCUACAGCAUCGGCGCGUUCCACAAGCCGUUCUCAGAAGAGACUCAACAAGAUGCGCACGAAUUCUUACUCGUUCUCCUGAAUAUCAUCAACGAUGUGAUGGUGCUAGUCGCAAAAAGAGACAACGUCACGUUGAACAAUGAUCUGGAGAAGUGUCUUUUCGGAACCUCGAUCUGUGGCCUCAAUCCCGCCGCCGCGUUCCAAAUGGAAGUGCAGACACGCUACGUUUGUCAGAUGUGUGAAUACGAAGCCGGAAGCGAAACUCAGACGAGAUUCGACUUGGGCGUGGAGAUCAGCCAAGGACUGUACGUCCAGGAAAUGCUGUCGUCAUGUGUCAAGUGGACGGCGAUGAAGAGGAAAUGUCCGAAUUGCGGCCACGGCGUGUUCUCCACCAGCGAUCGAGUCGUCUCGUUACCUCAGUGAGUUUUACAAUCAUCGCGACAACUUCCACUCCGUUCUCUUUUCCAGAUGCCUGAUACUUAACCUCAAAAGAUACGAGCACGUCAACAAAAAUUUCCGAAAGAAAAAGUGCACAGUGAACCUAUCUUUCUCCCUGAAAACCGCCUGCCUGCGUUCCACCCAAGUGAAACAUCCCGAACUUGAGAGGACCGAGGAAGACGAAAGGGAUUCGGCGAUACCGGCGGAGGACAAAGAGAACGACGACAACGACGAGAAUUCGGUUCAUGGCCUCAAUGGUGGCAGUGACCGGCACAAUAGCUCGUUGGUUGUAGAAAAAGAGUUGGUCGUCGAGCCGUAUCGCUUCGAAUUGUUAACGGAUAAACGGCAGAUCACGGAAAUACUGAAGGUUCUGCACGUCAAGCCGUUGGAUGCCGCAUUGGAGUGAGUUCAAAUCGGCCGAUCCGUGUGUGAAUUGCAUUUUCAGCCAACAUUUGGAACAAUUGAGAGCGCUGCCGACCGGUGAAAUAGACAAACUUGACCAGCCCGACCGUUUACAGACGAUCGAAAUGGACGGAAAUUGCUUUUAUCGCGCGGUUUCAUGGUGUCUAACUGGCAAAGAAACACACCAUAAACGCAUUCGAGCUAAACUGGUCGAGUUUAUGGAGAUCAAAAAAAAAUCAUUCGAAAUGUACUGCGAAGAUUAUGAUGCACACAUGGACAUACAAAAGGUCCCUGGAGAAUGGGCGACGGCGACGGAAAUCAUUGCGUUCGCCACAUUGUGCAACGUGGAUGUCUACACGCGCCUGCCCGACAGAUGGGUUCUUACGCAGCCGAAAGAUCUGGAUGAAGGUGAUGAAAGUAAUGAAGAAGAUUGCAGCUCACAUUGAAUACUCGUAUUUGUAGAGAUGUCGACCAAAAGCUGCGGAUCUAUCUAUCUGAACAAUACGGCCUUGCACUACGAGCCAGUGAUAACCAUAAAGAGUAACCGGAGACGGAUGAAACAGCAAAGACGGAACGAGGAGGAGAGUGACGAGGAAGACGGUCCGCCGGCGAGUAAGAAGAGGAACAAGGACGAUGAAGAGUACAGACCGACGCAGGAUAGCGCGACCAGACCUCGUCACGAUCGAAAGCGCAAAAGAUCGGACGAAAAGGGCGAUCCGUUGUCGUCGCCUACGGUCACAGAGCUCGAGGUGAGAGAAAGUACGGAUCAUUUAACGUGGGAUGCUUUCAGAAAGCUCGUGCGCCCUGUCCCUCUCCGAGCGACUACCAACUCGUCGCUGUCAUCUGUCAUGAGGGAGAAGAGCCGGGCUCAGGACACUAUGUGGCUUACACAAAGGAAUUUUCGUGCAACGCUUGGAAGAUGUGCUCUGAUACGACCGUGGAGUCGUCCUCAGUAGAACAGGUCGCAGAGAGGGCCGGAAAAGAAGGAUACGUUCUGUUCUAUACGCGUCAAACGUCACCAUUCGAUUUUUGA